UCUCGUCGGAUUGUAUUUCAUGUGACCACUUCCGGCGCACAUUGAAAAGUUAGCCCGACGUUGUUGUCGGUAGUUGUCGGUAGUUUCGGUUCCGUGAUGCCCUCCGAGAACCUACGAUGGGAAACGUUGCAGGCUCUGAAGAACUCUCCGAAGGGGAACAUCACGUACGACCCGUACUGGUCGGAGCGGGGGGAGGAUAUCUUGGCCGGCUGCAAAGAUCCCCUCAGCCUGUCCUCGCACUCUGGGCUCAUACUGGAGCGUCUGGGCCCCGUGCCCCUGCAGAAGUCCUGCUUCCUGAGCUCCAGCUCCGGAGGAUCCAGCCCCGGACUCUCUGAGGAGAACUCGGCCUCGGUGUCCUCCUCGGGAUCCAUCCCCGACCUCAACGCCAGGCACAGCGCGCUCUCUGCAGCCCCGUCUUUGAACGCUGAGCGUGAGCAGGCUGUCAGUGAUGAGGUGAAGGAUGAAGAUCCAGAGGAAGAUGUCAGCAACGUUCCCACUCCGGCAUCACUUCCUUCCAUUUCCCUUCUGUCGCCCAAAGCCAUGGAGACGGCGGGGCGCAUUAUCAAGUUUGAGGAGGAGCAACGAGGAAAGGCCAAGAUGGCGCUCAAACGGCGGCAGGAGAUGCACGAGAAGCUGGUGGCCGUGGUGGCGAGCUCCGAGUCGGAGCAGCUGAAACGCUUCGAGGAGUUCAUGGAGCUGAAGCAGAGGCAGGAGUUCCAGAGCAUGAGGGACAUGAUGGACAGAGAAACUAAAGAGAGCAUCGGGCGUCAAGAGAAGCUGAAGGAGGAGCAGCGGCACAGAUUGAAGAUCCUCAACCUGCGUCUGCGGGAGGCGGAGCAGCAGCGUCUGCGGGAGGCGGAGCUCGAGCGUCAGCGGCAGACGGACGGCCGCGAGCGUCUGCGAAACCUCAACACCAUCCAGGAGGAGAUCCUGCAGCUCAACCAGCUGAUGGAGCCGUCCACCCAGAGCAGGACGGACCUCCACCCGGCCAGCCUCAGCUCCUACUGCACCCGCGGGAACCAGCUGUGCUCCCAGCUGUCGGAGGUGGUGCGGAAGACGGCGGAGGGAGAGUUUCCCAGCGUGGAGGACAUGACGGUGGCCGAGCGAGCCCUCCACGAGAUGAGGGCGCUGAUCCGGCUGAUGCAGGAGGAGGUCGCCAAGGCCCAGGAUAAGAAGAAGAAGGACGAGGAGGACGAGGAGCAGCGCAGGAAGCAGGAGGAGCUGCAGGCGCAGCAGGAGGCGCAGAAGAAGGCGGCGGAGUCGGCCAAAGAGAAGGCGAAGAGGAAAGGUCUGCAGAACAGCGCUGAAGACGGCACUCUGAAGUGGUACAAGGAGCUGCAGGAGUCGGCUGCUCGCUGUGCUCAGUCCUUUGAACAACUCAACGCCGCCAAAGACGCCCAGACGAAGAAGCUGAAGCUGGAGCUGCAGAAAUCCGCCAGCAUCCCCGUCAGUCAGAUCUCCAGCAACUCCGGGUCGCAGCUCCGAGAAAUCUUCGAGAAGAUCGACAAGCUGCUGUCGGGCCGGGCCGUGGUGUCGGGGGGGAGGAACGUCUCCACCUCCCAGCAUCCUCAGGGGCUGGACUUUGUCAGCUUCAAGCUGGCUGAGAAGUUUGUGAAACAAGGAGAGGAGGAGGUGGCGUCUCACCACGAAGCCGCCUUCCCCAUCGCCGUGGUGGCGUCCGGCGUCUGGGAGCUUCACCCUCAGGUGGGCGACCUCAUCCUCGCUCACCUGCACAAGAAAUGUCCGUACGCCGUCCCGCACUACCCGCCCAUGAAGGACGGCACGGCGGUGGAGGACUACCAGAGGAUUCUUGGGUACCGCGUGGACGACUCCGGGGUCGAAGGUCAGGACAGUUUCCUGAAGAGGAUGUCGGGGAUGAUCCGGCUCUACGCCGCCGUCAUCCAGCUGAGGUGGCCCUACGGCUCCAAGCAGGGGUCUCCUCCUCACGGUCUGAGCAACGGCUGGCGUUGGUUGGCUCAGAUGCUGAACAUGGAGCCUCUGGCCGACAUCACGGCCACGCUGCUGUUCGACUUCCUAGAGGUUUGUGGAAACGCUUUGAUGAAACAGUAUCAGAGUCAGUUCUGGAAACUCAUCCUGCUACUAAAGGAGGAAUACUUCCCGAGGAUUGAAGCGGUGACCAGCAGUGGACAGAUGGGCUCAGUCAUCAGACUCAAACAGUUUCUAGACACAUCGCUGCAGAGCCGACAGAUCCGUCCUCCCAAAGGACAACUGAACUCCAUGUUCUGGGGCUCCUGAUGAGGAGGAGGAGGAGCCGCCAUGUUGGAUAUAUCUGCAUGAUGCUGUUGGGACUGAAUGAGGAUGAGGGGGGGAAGAGGAAACGGGGGAGGGAAACUUUAGUCUGUAACCGGGGAGGAAAAGUAGAAGAAACCUCAUGAACUUUGUCUUUUUACUGGACGUCUCUGAGAACCGAUCCGGAGGAGUUUGAUUCUCUGGAUGAAAUAUAUUCAAAAUACAUUCAACAUCUUUACGGAGGAAGUGUUUAACGGACAGAAAGGAAGCACUACUACACCAACAUGUGUUCAGAUUGUUUUCUGCUUCUUACAGCUUUAGAAUGUUAUUCAUUAUAAUUUAUGUUUUUGCAACGUUUUCUCUUUUUUUCUAAAUGAGGACUUGCAGAAAUAAUGUUUGGAUGUAAAUGUUCAGGCUGAAUCCUCUAAAUAUAAACGUUCAGGCUCAUAAUGUUGAAGCCGUUUCAUUGUGGAGGAAAAAAAAAAAAGCUCUUUAUUAUUCUCACUAAAUAUGUUUUUAUUUCUAUAGUCGCUGUUCAAAUCAAAAAUUGUGUCGGAACGAUUUGAGCUUUUUUUGCUAUUAAUGUUUUUUAGGAAUCCACCGUGUGGAGCAAAGCCUUGUGGGUAAAAUGAGCUGCUGAAUCAUUGUGAAUGAAGAUUAGACGUAUAUUUAUGAUAGAAAAAGGGUUUAACUGCUGAAGUGCAUCAGACGGUAUUUUACAGAACACUAAAGAUUUGAUCGUCAUGAAACAGAAAUCUGUUCUGGAAUCUAAAGUGAGUCAUUGAGUUUUAGAGCAGAAGUCUGAUUAUGAUGUGGAUUAUUAAACAGUGUUACAGGAAUGAUUGUCAUCUUCAUCUUUAAACCAAAUGUCUGAAAUAAAACCUCUUGAGCAGUU